AUGGCGAACGUCCCAUCGGCCAACGGCCAUUUUGGCAGCAUACACACCAUCGAACCCAGCUCGGAACACACUCACACUGCCAUCAUGCUCCACGGACGGGGAAGCAACGGCCCGGAGUUCGCCGAGGAACUCGCCGAGACCAUGGUGCCUGGCCAGAAGCCGCUCACGGACAGGUUCCCGAGCUGGCGAUGGGUGUUUCCGUCGUCUCGAGAGCUGUGGAGCACUGCGUUCGAGGAAAUGUUGCCCGCCUGGUUCGAGGCCCAUUCGCUCACGGACACGUCGGCGAGAGCGGACCUGCAGAUGGAAGGCAUCAGGCAGUCGGUAGCUUACAUCCAGUCGAUCCUCGACGGGGAGGCCGCAAGUUUUGGCGGAGAGACCGAGAAGGUGGUCAUCAUGGGUGUCAGCCAAGGGGGUGCCAUUGGCAUGUGGACGAUACUAUGUCAGGAAAUACGUGGCAAGCGGCUGGGGGCAUUCGUGGGAGCUAGCACUUGGCUGCCCUUUGCAGCGAACAUCCAGAGGCUUUUGUUGCGGGAUGGCAGUUAUGAAGCAGAUAAGGGGUCACCGAAGACUGAUCUGUCGGAUGCUUUCGUCGUGGACAUGUUGCCCGCAUGGCAUCCGGUCGUUUCGUCUCGUGACGCCGACAAAUCGGCCCGUGUCACGCCCAUCUUUCUUGGUCACGGGGUUGACGACGCGGUUGUCGAUGUUGAGCUCGGCAGACAGGCCCAGGAUGUGCUUACUAACAAGAUGUUCCAUGCGCAACAACCACACUCAAAGCAGAGCUCGCCUUCCCAAACACACCGGUCGCCAAUGGAAGCAUUUGAGACGAGGAAGCCUGAUCGGUUGCACCAGUCACUGAGCAGUGCGUGGGCCAGUUUCCUCAGUGCCCAGCACUGCACUCGCGAGGCCGACAGCCUCAAAAAGGCCCUGGAUGAACAUGUUCAGCAGACAAGCCUCUCCAUCACAUCCUUGCAACGAGACACGGCGACAAGACAUGACCUCCUCGCCGCUUCCAUAGCCGAGGCGAAGUCCAAAGUCGAACAACACGCCGUCGAGAUCAGAGACAUAACCACUCUGCGCACCGACUUCUCGACUUUCCAGUACGAGGUUGGCCAGAAUAGGGAUAAUGUGGAAGGAAAAGUCACAGACUUGUUAGAGAAAGCCGUGGCUCAGCAGGAGUCACUGGACGGGCUGCGGUCAACUACAUCCCAUGACUUCAAAACCAUCCAGGAACAGUACCGUUUGGCUCUCGAGAAAGUCGAGACUCUUCAACAAGAGCUAAAGGAGGCGCGAGCAGAGAGGCUAGCAUUUGAAGGCAAAUUUGCCGCGCUCGAGAGUCAAGUUAUAGCGAUAACCCAAGCCCAGCAGCAACUCCCCGCAGAUAGUGUCAACCUCUUGGGCGAGCUUCAUUCUUACCGGGAAGGCCUGAUGAGACUGCUGGAUAAACAGUAUCUUGAGAGGCCUAUUCCAAAACCCAGCACCAACCCCUUGAAUCAGAACAGAUUUCUGGCCCACGCUCCAAACCAAGACAUACGCUCCCUCUACGUCGUCUUCCGAGACAAGUACAAGACCAACCCACCAAAGUCAGACACCGUCUUCAUCUGGCAGUUUAUCAGUAGCAUCGAGGACCCGGUCAUGUCCAGGCAUAUCCAGGAAUCGCUGGCCACGGCCCUUCCGGAACUUGUCACGCCAAGCAGGGAUAUGAGACGCAAAAACCCGCUGAAGCAUGUCAACAUUUCCAGGGGGCUGACGUGGAGGAAGUUUCGGGAGGCAUUGGUAAAGAUUCCGGGGCCUUCUUGA